UGCUGUUGACCUGAGGAAAACAAAAAUUUCGAUGAAUCCUUCACGGAAUGGAUGGCUACAGGAUUUAACUUCUAUGUAUUGGUACCGUGUGCCAGAAAGAUAACCAAAGUUCCCUUCAUGACCAUCGAUGGUGUUGUGUCAUUGUCCAAAACCCUUUUACGACAAACAUAGCAUUAUCACUAGAUGGUGAAAAAAAUUUUUCUGCAGGAUGCCAUUACCAUUUUCCGCGGUUUUUUUUUGUAUCAAUAAAACGUCAAAGAAGGAUCACGUAAAAAACGUCUUUUUUGUGCCAGCAGACAGAAAAAUUCAAUCAUAGAAAGCCCGGAUGAAAAAUGAAGAUAAAUCGAUCGUCAAACAUCCAACGGAUGCACUCGAUGAACAUCUGAUUUUCUUACGGAAAUUAAAAAAACUCUUCAAUGAGUUGUGAUAUAAAAUUCCUCUACAUUUACAUCUUCCGAGGUUCUUUUGAAUCAAUAAAACGUGAAAGAAGGAUCACGUUAAAAACGUCUUUUGCCUAUAUAAUAGGUUAUGCAGUUCUUUUCAGGAAGAAAAAGAGUUGCUGACCUUUUCCGACAACCAGCAAAAUGGGCACCGUAAAAGUUUUGGGGGAACGUACUAAAAAAAAGCAGUUAAGUUUUGAAUACUACCUUAUUUGAAUAAUCGAUCACGUGCGCCCAUUCGACGCAAAAUAUAGUGGUUGUAGAUUCUCACGCUUAAACCCCACAAGCGAAAAACAUCUAUUUUUCAGGUCGCACCUUCUAACGGGCCCUUUCAAUGCUAAUCCCUCCAUCUCAAUAGCUUCCCUACCCCUCUUUUAUUGACACUAAACAAACACCGGCCCAUAUAAUUUUAGUUAAUAAAAAAACAAAUAAGAAAACAGCUUUUAAUAUUCGCUGUAGUUUUCCAUCAUCUUUGGCGUCUUGUCAAAUCGAUCAUCAAUUCUAUAUUUUAUCGUCGUUUUUUAAUAGUCAUUUUGAAGUUUCCCGUUCCCAACGCCGGCAAAAGUUAUUCGCUCCGUCCUCCACGUACGUCACUGCCUGAUCGUUACUCCUCUUACCGUAAUCAAUGACCCUUCCUAAGAGACAGUAGUUCUUCGUUACAAGUCUGGCGUGUCACGUGCCCUCUAUUUUAACACAAAAAAAUCAAUUCCUCCAUUGGGUGGAAUCCUUUUGUUUUUAACCGCAGGAAGGCUGGGGAUGAAUAACGAAAAGUAUUUGGUUUUUUUGUUUACGAAUGUUUCAGGAUAUCGUGGAUUUCAAUACGCAGGCACAACUGACAAAACCGGAUGGAAUUUGGAAUUCUAAAUACUAAUCGGAAAGUAUUACCAGAAAGAUGAGAGCCGGAUGCAAACGCCGCCGGUUGUCACGCUCCGCCGACGAAACGAAUCGUGGAAUGUAACAUAUGUUGACUUUCUUUGAAGUUUUCUCUUCCGACCGCUCAGCAAUACGGUUGCGUUUUAGCAUCCGUCUCAUUUUAGAAGCUCAGAAUGUAGACGGAAGUAAGAGGACUGCACCACGAGACAAUCAUUCCCCAUUGUACAUAUCCCAUAUAUUACACGUUUAUUCUACCGGAUGGAAGGAAGGAAAAAAAAGAGCAAAUGCUGGAAGUCUUAAUCCCCAUCUUCUGCAGAAGUCUUUGAUGUAGAGAAACUCUUGAUUUCGUGCGUCAAAGAGUUUCGUCCUUUUGGCAUUCCAAAAUAUGCCUGAACAAAAACGAUGGACUUCUAAGGGAUGUCAACAAAAGAGAACUGGACGCUGCUGCCAUCUGUUGCUAGCCUUAGAAGUAUUCUACCACAAACGUUGGGCUCCAAAUUUCAAGAGCAAAGAUAUUUAACAGAGAAAACUAUUAACCACCACCAAAGAAAUUUAAAGCUAUUAGUGGCACAUUGUUCGGGUUAAGACGAGUGGCGGCGGUGAAGGGCUCUUUGUGCUGGUUACGUUAUCCAUCACAUUCGUACCCUUUUCGUUUUCCUCCUCCCUUGUUACAAGAAAAGAAUAAAAUUCGAAUUGACACUACACUCGGGAGUGCAUUCGUCACAUCGACUCUGAAACCUUUUUGGCUAAACGAUUCACCUGCUUUUCAGGAUUCUUCGUACCCAGGUUCCUUUAAAAGUAAUCUUCAAAUGCAGAGAGCAACUAGGAAAAACAACAUGGGGACAAACUAUUAUACUACCCAUACUGAUUAAAAGAACGCGUAGACGCUGUACUUAUUAUGUAUAGUCGAUUAUCGAGGAUCCUGCACACUGGGGGUGGUGACUACUGUUGAAACAAGUUUAUGUAAUAUAUAUAUUUUUUUUAUUCUGGUAGGAAAGUCUCCCUUUUUUGCGCAUCGCGUUGUACACGUGUAAGUAGACUGGAAGCCGAUUAUUCCGUAUUCAAAUCGGGUUUCAAAAUGUCGACAACUUAUUUAUUAUUUACAGUUCAUUAUGAUACGGAAACUUCUUUUUUAUCAGAAUUUUUAUUUUAAAAACUUUGUCGAUUGUCAACGAGGAGACAUUUUGAGAAUAUCCAACAGGAUUUAUCGUCAUGAAAAUUAUGUAAAUUCGUGCCGUUGCAACUGAUGUCAAAUAUCGUUAUCGAACAGUGACAAUGAGUGAGGCAUGGAUUUGGAUGGCACGUCAAUGGGAACUCGUUUUUACAAGUAACUGAAUUAACAAUGAAUGGAAUUUGUUAAUAUCAGUGAAGGGCUUUGUCGUGCAAGGCAUCGAGUGUAUAAAGACGGGAAUGAACCAUACCACCUUUGUUAAUUAAAAAAUUUUGCAAGCAGUUCAAUGAAAUCCGUUUUGAAUUGAGAACUUCUCUGUGAGCUUUAACGAAAAAAAAUCCAGACUUUUGUUUUGAUGAUUCAAAAAAAAUAUCUUGUUUCUUUCUAGUUCUGAGUAUAUUAGUGAGGGAGAUUAAUUAAAAGAAACUGUUGAUUUUUUUCGAAUCAAACAAUGCCAAUAACACAAGUAAAACUGCAGCUCCAGCUAGUUGGCAUUAUUUGAUUAAUGCAGAUUGUUAAUUAGUCAACUGCCGAUAACCCAAUUAAAAUUGAAAUAUCCCUACGUUACGGAGUUUCUCUGCCGGUAGUCGGUGCAGUUGUUGGAAACCUUUCGAAAUUGAACACCUUAGCAACAAGUUGACCGCGUAUACCUGUUUUCCCAGUUAACCCGGUCAACGGACAUGACCUCGGAUUUCCUUGGGUGGAAACAAAAUGGCCAUGGGCUCCCCCAGCUAAGCAAUUGAUUUGUGAACAACAACAAAAUAGGUCAAAGGGUCUUCUAAACUCGCUAUAAUUCGUCACAACAAAACGGGUGAAAGGAAACCGUAAAGUCCAUGUGGAGUAAGUAGAACUGACUGGCGUAUAUAAAGGCCAGGGAUUUCUUGGAAAAGACACACACUUCUCCUUGUUAACUCCUCCAGUUUAAUACUCAACUCUCCUUGUUCAAAAUGAAUACCUUCAAGACUGUCGUUAUGAUUUGCGCCAUGUUGGCUGCCUCUUGCUCCGGCCAGUACAUGUCCCACCAAGGAUCUCACUCGGGAAGUUCCAGCCUGGGCGGUCAAUACGCCAGCCAGGGCCAACAGGCCGUUUUGAACACUGGAGCACUUCCUCUUGAACAACAAAGACCAGCAGCCAGCCCAGCUUUUGUUGCUGAGCAGUCUGUCCCUGCAUCCAGCCCAGUCUCAGGUGCUGGUACCGUAACAGCUACCCAACAGAUCUGCUCGUGUGUCACCAUCAACCCGGCCGCAUCAGCUCACCAGGCACCAGCUUCAUCCGCCCAAGAAUCCGUUGCUCCUGCCGCUGCCCAACAAUCGUUCGCUGCCGCCGCCCAACAAUCGUUCGCUGCCGCCCCCCAACAAACCUUCGCUGCUCCCCAACAAACCUUCGCUGCUCCCCAGCAAUCCUUCGCUGCUGCCCAGCAACAAGCGUACGCUGCCCCACAAUCCGCUCAAACCCAGGGACGCUAUUAAAAAGUGUUGAUAUUUGAUAGCCCUUCGUGUCCAUCAUUUUCAUUGUCGCUCCCUACACUCAUUUCUCGUUGUAUUGCAAAAAUACAAUCAUACUCGCAUCA